UACGUCCAUAUUUUGGGGUACACUUGACAAUUCGUAUUCAGUAAACUAAAACAUGUUGAGUAAUACUGAUACUGAUAAGGUAAGGGUGAUAGACAAAUGAAUUUACCGGAGUCUGUGAUCAAUGGAGUUUUUGUUAAUUUCAUUUUCAUGAUGUAAUUGCGAUAUAACUUAUGGGAACCGAAGACUAGAGUUAGAAAAAAACAUUUUUCACUUAUAAUUCCUCCUUCGAGAAUACAACUAGUCCAUUGAAUUAGAUGCAUGAUCGUUGUUAAUCUUAGAAUAUUCGAAUUGGCAUUAUUACCGAAUUUUAAAGACAGCCAAUAUUUCAGUUUCGAGUUGGUUGAUCAACGAGAUUCUUCUAUAAUUGAUUCAUGAAGUUACUAGGAAAACUCCAGCUCCUGAAGCAUUUUAUCUGUCUACGAGGUUAUCUUCAGUUUAGAAGAUUGUGUUUAACGACAUCGCCAUCCAGCAGCGUUUCUAAUUACAUUUUACAUCGAUAAAGAGUUUACUUCAAAAUCCAGAACCAGUCCACAUCGUUCGUGUAAACCAAGGCUGAAAACCACCUCAGACAAAUCUAAUGACAACUUGAAGAAAAAAAUGCAGAACAGUACCACUGCAUCUCCUUCGAAACGACUUGAUCGAAAUCCUGAAAAUGAGAAAUUAUUCAUGUGCCUUACUUGCGAAAAGAUAUUUGCAGACAUCACUCAAUUAAGACUUCACAAGAAACGCAUGCAUGAGAUCGAACAGCCUAAUCCGGAACAAACUAAGAAAGAUUUGAUUGACAGUUCUGCUAAAUUCACCUGUUCAUUUUGCCCAUUUACGUUCAGAAGGAGAUGCGAUAAAGAAAAACACGAGCAAGAUUCACACACUGGAUCAUGCCUGUACACUUGUAGUUUCUGCUGGUGUACGUUCAACAAUUUAGCCAUACUGAGAACGCAUAUAAAUCGUUUCCAUAGAGAGUGCCAUAAUAAUUUGGUUAGCACCGUGUCCAAACCCGCAGUCACAGCGAAAAAACCAGCCGAUAUCGAAUCGGAAAGGCGUAAGAUGAAAAUACGUAAAAUGAACCUACGUAGAAAUCGUAAACCUUCGUCUAAAGUUCUGAGUAAUAUAAGCAGCGGUUAUGUACAAAAAAUUUUACCGAAACCCCGAAAAGAAGAGAAUGCGAAGAGCUCGAAAUCAUCCAAGUUUGAGAAUAAGGAUAUUCUUACGGUUGAAGAAUCACUCGCUAAAAUAACGACUACGAAUGUCAAAAAACCACGUACUAAAAAACGUUUAAUAACACCAGGUGGUGUAGAAAUGGUAUACACCAAUGAAUUAUGUUGCUCUUAUUGUCCUAAUACUUUCGCUACGAUCUCGAGUAAAUUGCGCCAUGAAAGGUUUCACACGGGAGUUCGACCGUUCACCUGUAAACUCUGCAAAACUACUUUUUAUUGGGAGAGAUCGAUGAUUACUCAUAAACUAAAAUGUCGCGAGGUGUCCAUAGAUACGCACAUCUGGUGUAAUUAUUGUGAUUUCCAUCAUAAACAGGAGGUGGUGCUGGAGCAACAUUAUAGAAAUUUUCACGAAGUAGUAGGAGAUUUACGACUACCGAGUUCGCUCAAACUGCCGCCACCGCAGCAGCAAGUGAUUCGAUUUUCGUGCGGUGUUUGCGAUGCUACCUUCAAUUCGAAAUUGAUCUUGAAUCGUCAUGUGUGGAAAAAUCACCAGAAGAAAGAUCACACGAGAAAAAACGCUUUGAAAAGAUUGGAGAAAAUUGUUACCCAAACUAGCGUAAACAGCAAGUCAGUUGCACGUCAAAAAGAACUCAAAAUCAAGAACACGCCAAAGUUUAGACAGCAUUUAGAUUCAACGGUCGAUGAAGACGAAUUUUCAAAAAAACGUGAUUACGUUUCGGAAGAACAAUUUUACCCAGGUAGACCAAUAAAAAGAGUUAGUAAAGAUUUGGAUUUAAGGGUUAAAUCGUUAUUCGAAGAUGACGAGCAAGUCAGUCCCGAAGAAGACGAAACCCCUGUUUCAUUUAAUUUUUGCGACGUUAAUUUAGAUUCGCAAUUCGAGGCGAAUUUUCCUAAUUUGAGGGUCGCGGUCGUCGAAGACUUCGCGAAUGUUAGUGAAACCCUCAAGAUAGAACCAUCUCAACAUGAUCCGUUGAAAAUUGGACGAACUCCGACUCGUGCGAAAAAACACGUUGAACCUGUUGUGAAAGAUUACAUUGUAAUUGACGAUGAUGAUUGAAACACUCAGCUUACCUAGAAUUUUGCUGCGCAUUCGUAUUGAAUUUCGAGAAUGAAAGUCGCGAAUUUUUAGCUCAAUAAUAUGUCGCUUUUUUUUUAUCGAAUAAACGUAUCAAAACAAUGAUACGUUUAAAUACAGUAGGAAAGUUUUUCUGUAAUUUGAAAAUACCUAUUGGUCUAGUACUCGCUACCAAGAGAGUAAUGUGGGUAUAGUGUGUUAAAUGAGGCACAAGCACAGUAAAACAUUACCAUGUGCUAAGUACCUCAAGUUCUCAGGUUUUUGUAUGUAUUAUGUUUUAGAAAUAGAGAUUUCAGUUUCAUUUAAUUGUUGUGUUCACGAAAAGUCUUGUUUUUAGCAGUUUUAUAUUUAUAUAUGUACUUACCUAUUUUUAUCCUAAAGUCAGAAUUUAUAAUUACCUACGUAUACCUAUGCUUAUGAAGUGUAAAAAUUUAAUAUUAUUAUUGAACGAUUUCGUAAAUUUUCUUCUUGCGCUUGGUUCUUACGUAUUAUUUUUAUAUUUUGUUGUUU